AGGCUGACAUCAAGUAGCAAGCCUACGGCAGUAUUGAAGGCAAAAAAAGUACUUGGCAUUCGCUCCUCUUCGACAAUUUCAAUUCAACAUCACCACCCAAGAUCGUUCCCGACGGUACAACGAAAACCCUCUCGACCAUGGCCUCCGUCGGCCCUUACGUCCUCCCCGGCGACGAGAUUGACGACUCCCUCAUCCCCUCGCAUCAGAAACUUCCCCUGCGCCUCGGCCCUGGCCUCCGCCAUGUUCCUCCCAGGCAAAUAGUGCCCACCAUCGCCGGCAAGCUCGUCACAGAUCGCAAGAAGAACUCGAUAUGGGUUGAGCAGACAAGCGGACGGUACAUCCCCGCCGUAGGCGACCUCGUCGUCGGCACCGUCCAGCGCACCGCCGCCGAACUCUACUACGUCCUCCUCGCCGACUAUUCAACACCAGCCAUGCUCCCCCAACUCUCCUUCGAAGGCGCCUCCAAAAAGACGCGCCCCCAACUCGCCGCCGGCGCCCUCGUCUACGCCCGCGUCACGCUGGCCAACAAGCACAUGGACCCGGAACUCGAAUGCGUCUACCAAUCCACCGGCAAGAGCGACGGCCUGGGCCCCCUCGUGGGCGGCAUGCUCUUCGACAUCUCGCUGGGCAUGUCGCGGCGCCUGCUCAUGCCAAAGACGACGGACCUCGUCGUGCUCGAGGAGCUGGGCGCCACGGGCGCGGCCUUCGAGACGGCCGUAGGUCGCAAUGGCAAGAUCUGGGUCAACAGCGAGAGUACCAAAGUCAUCAUCGCGGUGGGAAGGGCAAUCCAGGAGACGGACCAGCGUGGUCUCACAAUCGAUCAGCAGAAGAAGCUUGUGAGAUCGUUAAUCAAAGAUUUGAGUUAA